AUGGGUCUGCAGGGAACCUUCACGUCAGGUGGUCUAGGUUUCGAAGUAUGGCCGGGGGCUCAAGUGUUCGCCACCUGGCUGUUAGAAGGAGAAUUGGGGAUUCACGUGCGGAACAAGGAUGUAUUGGAACUGGGUGCGGGCUGUGGGUUAGCAGGAGUAUUGACAGCGAUAUUUGCAAAAUCGGUUGUGAUGACCGAUGGCGAAGUAGCGCUCACUCCGACUUUAGAACAAAAUAGAUCAGAAGCGAAGAUGGGCGCGCACAUGGCAAGCGUGCUGCAACCUGCACUGGUGCUGAGAUGGGGUGGCGAGACUCCGGAUCUCUACACUCCUGUGGAAGCAGAUGGAGUACUUGUGACGGGCGACCUAGACAGAGACCGCAAAUUACACUUCGGAUCACGUGAAGCAGAUGAGCUGGGAACAUAUGAGGUUAUCAUUGCUGCCGAUAUCAUCUACCACACAGGACACAUCGCGACGGCUAUUGUGACGGACAUUAUACCACGAUAUUUGAAACUAGAUGGGCGAUUCUUUCUCGUUAUCCCUCCGGAGAGAGACGGAUCCGAUGAUUUCCUGCAGGCGGCAAGAGAGGCUGAGGCCCAAGAGAGAAUAUCCAUGACGGUCGAAAGAGCACCGCGGCACUACAUACCGCAGCAGUUUAGAGACAAGCUCGAUGCAGGUGUUGGAUUUAGGUUGGUGACGAUACAGCGGCGAGAUAAGUGA